UUUCCAGAAAAUUCACAAUUAAGAAAAUAUUGUUUACACUUUUGUUCUUUAAUUUGAUUUGAUUGUUAAUUGUUAUUAUUUGAUUAUUUUCGAUUAUUAAUUAAAGCAAAUAUGCUGUCCUACGUUUUAUUGAGAAAUUGUUCAUCAUCUUUGAGUCGAGGUUUACUUCAAGAAGCUAAGGCUAAUAUUGUUUCUAAAUGUGGUCUACGUCAAGAUGCUACAAGGGUUAAAGGUAUUUUCGGUGGUCGAGCUGAGCCUAAAGUUAGUCUGAAGGAACGAUUGAUGAAACCAACUUCUGGUGCACUUGCCUUUGGACGAGCUGCUGUUACCGCGGGAUCUGGUCUUGGUCUUGGUGCUUUGUGUUUCUAUGGACUUGCUUCACGUCAAGAUGCCAUAAUUGAUAAGUCAUUAGCUUGGCCAAAACAUGUUCAAGAUAGAAUACAUGCUACAUUCGCUUAUUUCGGAGCCAGUAUCGCUGUGGCCGGUUCUGCAGCUUAUUUAGUCACCCGAUCUCCAGCAUUGAUGCGUUUGGUUUCAUCUAAUUCAUUACUGGCUUUUGGAAUUACCAUUGCAGCUUUAAUUGGUCUCGGAAGUAUUUCAGCAAGUAUUCCAUAUUCUCCUGGAUUUGGAUCCAAACAAUUAGCUUGGUUGGCCCACAGUUCUUUAUUGGGAGCUGUAAUUGCUCCAAUAUCUUUCGUUGGUGGACCUUUGAUCAUGAGAGCUGCUUUGAUCACCGCUGGUGUCAUUUCCAGUCUUUCACUGGUCGCUGUUUGUGCUCCAAGUGAAAAAUUCCUAAAUAUCGGAGGUCCAUUGGCCAUGGGAUUCGGUUUAGUGUUUGCUUCAUCAUUAGCAUCAAUGUUCUUAGCUCCAACUUCCGCUAUCGGUGCUUCAGUAUAUUCUAUUUCCCUGUAUGGUGGACUUCUUUUAUUCUGUGGUUUCAUGCUUUAUGAUGUUCAAAAGAUCGUCAAACGAGCUGAACACACCCCAUUAUAUGGAGCUCGUCCUUACGAUCCAAUCCAAAAUUCGAUGUCCGUGUUCAUUGACACACUUAAUAUCUUCACUCGUAUUCUUGCAAUGUUAGGAAUGGGUGGACAGAAGAAGAAAUAAGCUAAUCAUUAGUAAAUUUCUUUGAUUAUGAGCAACUAGAUUUGUAAAUUAUUUCUACCCCAAGAUUAUCCUGUUAAUUCAAUCCUUUGGUCAAUCGGUUUCAUUGUGUGAUUCAAAUGAACCAAAGGCGUAAUUAAAAGACCUUAAUUCCUUUA